UAGUUGGCGGUCCCCUUCAACAAAUGCAAAUUAAUAAAGUAUUCGGAUUUUCACUCAACCCACACUCACUCGCUCACUCAGUAUUAUUUAUUAUUGGAAAUUUCUGGAACGCCUCUCAUAUCCCUGUUCCAAUUCCAAAUCAAAAAUCCCCAAAUCUCUCAGAUUCAUCCAUCCAUGGAGCUCACGCCGCAGCAGCUGAAGAACUACGACGGCACCGAUCCAUCGAAGCCGAUCUACGUGGCCAUCCGCGGCCAGAUCUACGAUGUCACCGCCGGAAAGUCGUUUUACGGCCCCGGCGGCGACUACCACGUCUUCGCCGGUAAGGAUGCGACCCGCGCCCUGGCGAAGAUGAGCAAGGACGAAAACGACGUCGUGCCUUCCGUCGAUGGACUCUCCGAGAAGGAAAUAGGCGUGCUCAACGACUGGGAGAAGAAAUUCCAGGCCAAAUACCCGACCGUCGGCACCGUCGCCGGUAACUAACUUCUCUGUCUCCAAUCGUACUUAUUUCGAUGCGAUCCACCGCUAAAUCGAACGAUUUAUCAAUAAUUUUCAAUUACAUAUAUAAAUCGGUGUGUGUAUUGAACUGUUGUUGGCUGCUCUAUCUGUGAUUGAAUUUGGCUGUGUGGAUUUGUAAUUGUAUGAAGCAGUUUGUGCGUAUUCAUAAAUGAAUAAAUAAAUCUGUGGUGUUUGUGAA